AUGAUGUCCGAACACACUGACUCAACCGGGAAUGAAAUCGCCGCUGCGAGGGCUCAAACAGUGUCGAUUCGUGAGAGGUUAGCAGCUAGAAGGCAAAAGCGCAAUAAUUUGAUUGCUGCAGCAACUAAAAAUGUGAUGCCGUUGAAAAAGUCUGCCGUGUCUACCGUGGCUGCUUUGCUGGCCGCAGCUCAAUUACCGAAGCCUCACCAACCAGUCCAAUCCACUUCCCCACGCAACUCCGAAGAUGCAAGCACCAAACUGCCCGUGGUUACACAGCACGAUUUAAGCGACGCCCCAGGUGCAUCCGUUCUCCCAGAACCUCCCACGCCAUCAUGGAAAUCCACCUCCGAAGAUGCACUCUCGUCUGAGGGUAGUAAGCGCCAAGCGAUUGAAUCCGGAGAUCAUGAUUCUGCAAUGAAAGUUGCCAAAUCAUCCGAUGGUGACGUAAGCUUCACCAGCGACCUCGAGAGCCUGCUCUCCGCAGCCACAGCAAAGGAGCGCGAAGUCAAACGCGUAAACGAGGAAAUCAUGGAACUGCUUAACACGCCAUCCGUAAUGGAGAAAUUUCUCAACGAAAAAUUUCGCUCCCGCGGUGGAAGUCAGGUCCAGCUCUUUUGUGUUCACGGCACCCGUAUCGACUGUAACCAGGCAACACGAACCGAAAAGUGCACGAAGCUGCACUUUAAGAAGAUCAUUCACGCCCACACCGAUGAAUCGCUUGGAGACUGCUCCUUCCUCAAUACCUGCUUCCACGUUGACACCUGCAAGUACGUCCACUACGAGAUCGACCCCGCAGAUUUGACAACGGCUGAGGCUAGAGAAGCCGCCGGCGCCUACAAUCGCGGCCAACUUCGGCCGGAUACCCUUGAUAAGAGAAAGAGUGGUUUGGCUCUCGAGAAGGCGGCCUCUGCUUCCGUUCCCCUCUACCCCCCACAGUGGAUAAAAUGCGAUAUCAGGCAACUGGAUAUGACCAUUCUGGGCAAGUUCGCCGUCAUCAUGGCCGAUCCACCGUGGGACAUUCACAUGGAGCUGCCCUACGGCACAAUGUCUGACGACGAGAUGCGGAAGAUGGACAUUCCGUGCCUGCAAGACGACGGCUACAUCUUCUUGUGGGUGACUGGACGAGCGAUGGAGCUGGGUCGCGAGUGCCUCAAGCUGUGGGGCUACGAGCGCGUCGACGAGCUGAUCUGGGUGAAGACGAACCAGCUGCAGCGCCUCAUUCGGACCGGUCGCACGGGGCACUGGUUGAACCACGGCAAGGAGCACUGCCUGGUCGGGGUGAAGGGCAACCCCCGGUGCAUGAACAAGGGCCUCGACUGCGACGUCAUCGUGUCGGAGGUGCGCGAGACCAGCAGGAAGCCCGACGAGAUCUACGGCCUCAUUGAGCGCCUCUCGCCCGGCACGCGCAAACUCGAGCUCUUCGGCCGGCCGCACAACGUCCAGGCUAACUGGAUUACCCUCGGAAACCAACUCGAUGGGACGUACCUGGUCGAUCCCGCGGUGGUGGAGCGGUAUCGCAAGCGCUAUCCCAACGGAACCGACAGCAAGACUGAGUCUGCGUGA